CACCAUUUCUCCCUCAUCUUGCUACGUACCAACAGCCAGUUGGUACAUAAGAAAUUACACAUACUACGUACUUAUAUUAAUUUUUCUCGUACGUCUACUCAUAUAUAAUUCCAACUAUCCACCACUUAUAUUAUUAAUUAUAACCAUUUUGUAAUAGAUUGUGUUGUGAAGAUCAUAUAUAUAGGCCUUUAAUUUUUUUGUUUUGACAAAUAAAAAUGAGAAGUUUGAUCGGAGUAGCUGGCUUCUUCUUAAUUGCUCUCAUUCCUCAUGCAGUUGCAUUUGAUCCGUUAGAUCCUAAUGGGAAUAUCACUAUCAAAUGGGAUGUUGUGUCUUGGACACCAGAUGGCUAUGUAGCCACCGUAACGAUGAACAAUUUCCAAAUGUACCGGCAUAUCAUGACCCCAGGUUGGACCCUAGGAUGGACAUGGGCUAAGAAAGAAGUGAUCUGGUCUAUGGUGGGUGCACAAACCACUGAACAAGGUGACUGUUCUAAAUUCAAAGGCAACAUCCCUCAUUGCUGCAAGAAGAAUCCAACGGUAGUAGAUUUACUCCCCGGAGUUCCUUAUAACCAGCAAUUCACCAAUUGCUGUAAAGGAGGAGUCUUGGCUUCUUGGGGCCAAGAUCCUCAAUCUUCUGUCUCUGCCUUUCAAGUUAGCGUGGGCCAAGCCGGUACCUCGAACAAGACCGUUAAACUUCCUAAGAAUUUCACUUUGCUUGGUCCUGGACCUGGAUACACUUGUGGCCCUGCUAAGAUCGUUCCACCUACCAAAUUUUUCACACCUGAUCUUCGACGCAAAACUCAGGCCUUGAUGACAUGGAAUGUAACAUGCACAUACUCCCAAUUUCUAGCACGAAAACACCCGAGUUGCUGUGUCUCCAUGUCAAGUUUCUACAAUGAAACCAUCACUGCUUGUCCUUCUUGUGCUUGUGGUUGUGAGAACAAAAACAAAUGUAUCAAGAGCGACUCCAAACUACUGAGUGUGGUUGGGGUAAACACUCCAAGAAAAGACAAUGCACCGUUGUUACAGUGCACACACCAUAUGUGCCCAAUUCGAGUGCAUUGGCAUGUAAAGCUCAACUACAAGGACUAUUGGCGAGUCAAGCUUACUGUGACCAACUUCAAUUACAGGAUCAAUUACACACAAUGGACUCUUGUUGUUCAGCAUCCAAAUCUUAACAAUGUCACACAAGUUUUUAGCUUUGAUUACAAGCCUCUAGUUCCUUAUCAAUCCGUCAAUGACACAGGAAUGUUCUACGGCAUGAAGUUCUACAAUGACUUACUGAUGGAAGCAGGGCCAUCGGGGACUGUUCAAUCAGAAGUGCUCCUCCAGAAGGACAAGGAAACUUUCUCCUUCAAGCAAGGAUGGGCAUUUCCCCGGAAAGUCUACUUCAAUGGCGACGAGUGCAUGCUUCCACCACCAGACACUUAUCCAUACUUACCCAACUUUGGCCAUCAUAACCCUGUUGUCUUAACAACAUUGAUAUUUUCCCUGCUUUUCCUUUUUAUUGUACUCUUUUGA